AUCGACCGUUGAAUAUGGAGUCGUUGCAGAAGAAGGUUGUGUUUGACGGAGAAGCGGCGUCGAUGAUGAUGAAGGAGCUGAGAGGGAGCUUCGGUUCUGGAAAGACUAGAAGCUACGAGUGGAGAGUGUCGCAGGUGAAGGCACUGCUGAAGAUGGUGACUGACAACGAGAAACAGAUCAUCGAUGCUCUUCUCUCCGACCUCGCCAAGCCACCGCUCGAAACCGUCGUCUACGAGAUUGGAAUGUUUAAAAACUCAUGUGAAGUCAUAUUGAAGGAAUUGAAACAAUGGAUGAAGCCAGAGAAGGUCAAAACUUCAAUAUCAACAUUUCCUUCUUCAGCUGAAAUAGUACCUGAACCACUUGGGGUUGUGUUGGUCAUUUCUGCAUGGAACUAUCCAAUUUUGCUGUCUCUUGAUCCAGUGGUUGGAGCCAUUGCAGCUGGUAAUGCUGUGGUUCUAAAACCAUCAGAGAUUGCUCCAGCAACUUCAUCACUGAUGGCUAAACUGUUAGCAGAGUACAUGGAUAACUCAUGUGUUAGAGUUGUUGAAGGAGCAGUUGAUGAAACAACUGCACUCUUGGAUCAAAAGUGGGACAAGAUUUUCUACACAGGUAAUGGAAGAGUGGGACGCAUAGUCAUGGCUGCUGCUGCAAAACACCUUACACCUGUUGUUCUGGAGCUUGGAGGAAAAUGUCCAGCAGUUGUUGAUUCAGAUGUCAAUUUACAGGUAGCAGCUAGACGCUUAAUUUCUGGCAAGUGGGGACUCAACAAUGGACAAGCUUGUGUUUCUCCAGAUUAUGUUAUUACAACAAAAGACUUUGCUCCCAAGUUGGUGGAUUCUCUUAAGACUGAGUUGGAGAACUUCUUUGGAAAGAAUCCGUUGGAAUCAAAAGAUAUAUCCAGAAUUGUGAAUCACAACCACUUUGCUCGCGUAGCGAAGCUUUUGGACGAUGAGAAGGUUUCCGACAAGAUUAUUCAUGGAGGCGAAAAGGAUGAAAGCAAAUUGAGGAUUUCUCCCACUUUACUAUUGGAUGUUCCACAUGAUUCUCUGAUCAUGGGUGAGGAGAUAUUUGGUCCAUUGCUUCCCAUCAUCACGGUGAAUAAAUUGGAAGAAAGUUUUGAUCUGAUCAAUUCAAGAACAAAGCCUCUGGCUGCAUAUAUAUUUACAAACAACAAGAAGCUGAAGGAGCAGUUUGUGAAGAAUGUUUCUGCAGGGGGCAUGCUUGUCAAUGACAUUGCCUUACAUCUUAUUGUUCCCACGUUGCCAUUUGGGGGAGUAGGAGACAGUGGAACAGGUUCAUACCAUGGAAGGUUCUCCUUUGAAGCGUUUACUCACAAGAAAGCAGUUCUUUAUCGUGGUUUUGGUGGAGAUGCAUCACUAAGGUAUCCUCCAUACACAGAAACAAAACAGAGGGUGAUGAAGGCACUCGUUAGUGGUGGUAUUCUUAGCAUAAUUGCUGCUCUUUUGGGAUGGUCCUCCAAGGCUUAAUUUGGUUUGUCAUAUUAACGUUUUUUUUUUUUUUUACUUUAUUUCUAAUUCGCCUCCUUGUGUAUUAAGAAUGUGUGAUAUUCUUUUCUUUGUUUUGUUUAAUGAGAAAAUCAAUAAGCAAGGCUUGUGCUUGA